AUGGCUGCUGACACAAGAGAGCGUUAUGCAGGAGCCAACCAUAAAGGGGCGGGCAAGUCCAUCGGGCACCCGCGGAGCCCCCAGCCCAGCCCUCCCUGCCCUUUAAACCCCGCGGGGCUGGCGCUGGGGCUGGCAGUGACCUGCAGCACAACCCCUGCAUCCACCAGCACAACCUCUGCAUCCACCAGCACAACCCCUGCCCCACCAGUACAACCUCUGCAUCCACCAGCACAACCCCUGCCCCACCAGCACAACCCCUGCAGCCACCAGUACAACCCCUGCCUCCACCAGUACAACCCCUGCAGCCACCAGCACAACCCCUGCAGCCACCAGCACAACCCCUGCCCCCACCAGUACAACCCCUGCCCCACCAGCACAACCCCUGCAGCCACCAGCACAACCCCUGCCCCACCAGCACAACCCCUGCAGCCACCAGCACAACCCCUGCCUCCACCAGUACAACCCCUGCCUCCACCAGUACAACCCCUGCCUCCACCAGUACAACCUCUGCCCCACCAGUACAACCCCUGCCUCCACCAGUACAACCCCUGCCCCACCAGUACAACCCCUGCAUCCACCAGCACAACCCCUGCAGCCACCAGUACAACCCCUGCCCCACCAGUACAACCCCUGCAUCCACCAGCACAACCCCUGCAGCCACCAGCACAACCCCUGCCUCCACCAGUACAACCCCUGCCUCCACCAGCACAACCCCUGCAUCCACCAGUACAACCCCUGCAGCCACCAGUACAACCCCUGCCUCCACCAGUACAACCCCUGCCCCACCAGCACAACCCCUGCCCCACCAGUACAACCCCUGCCCCCACCAGUACAACCCCUGCAUCCACCAGUACAACCCCUGCCUCCACCAGUACAACCCCUGCAUCCACCAGUACAACCCCUGCAUCCACCAGUACAACCCCUGCCUCCACCAGUACAACCCCUGCCCCACCAGCACAACCCCUGCCUCCACCAGUACAACCCCUGACCCCACCAGUACAACCCCUGCAGCCACCAGCACAACCCCUGCCUCCACCAGUACAACCCCUGCAUCCACCAGUACAACCCCUGCCCCACCAGUACAACCCCUGCCCCACCAGUACAACCUCUGCCCCACCAGUACAACCCCUGCCCCCACCAGUACAACCCCUGCCUCCACCAGUACAACCCCUGCCCCCACCAGUACAACCCCUGCAGCCACCAGUACAACCCCUGCCCCACCAGUACAACCCCUGCCCCACCAGUACAACCCCUGCAUCCAUGCCCGGACAGGGGGCUGUCCCCCCGCUCCCGGGGCCAUCCCAGCCCCGAGCAGGGCAGCGGCACCGGGCGCAGGCGAUGCAGCCGCAGCUGCCACUCCCCUCCUGUGCCCGCGAUUGUGCCGCCCCUCGGGAGCGCUCCCCGCCCGCUCCAAAGACCUCCGAAUUAACCUUUUCAAUGGAAAAGAGAUUGGGGCCCUAUAGAAAAGGAUGA